CUCCUCCUCCCCUCUGUAGGGACCCUAAUACCAUCUUCAGAGGGAACUCUCUAACGUCUAAGUGUAUCGAUGAGACCAUGAAGCUGGCUGGGAACCACUACCUCCAGGUCACCUUGAGAUCCAUGAUAGAUGAAAUCUGUACGGACCACAAGCCCUGUGAGAUCGACCCGGUGAAGCUCAAAGAGUCAGAAAACCUAGAGACCAACAGGGAGAACCUGCGUCAGUAUGUCGACCGGAUCUUCAACAUGAUCACAACGUCAGGCGUGCGUUGUCCCACCGUCAUGUGUGACAUUUUCUUCUCACUCAGAGAAUCUGCUGCAACACGUUUCCAAGGUAACCAACUAUACCACCAAAUCCUGUAGAGUGGUGACCUCUCCAUUUCUCUGCACUCCCCCCCCUCUCUCCUCCUCU